AUGGGGAACGCCUUUCUGGGGAUGUGGAGGCUCUCCGCACGGCAGCUCGGGCCCGAGCCGCAGGGCUCCCGUGCCGCAGAGCCCGGCGCGCACGAGACUCCCAAGCGGUGCCUGAGCAGGAGGCCGCGCGGCGCCGCCUUCAGCUCGCCCGCCGCCGACGGCGACGCGCAGCAGGAGAUCUUCUGGGACCCGCACUCGCCCGUCGCCCGCGGGGCAGGCAGUGGAAAAAAGCAGCAGGUUGCCAGUAGGCGCACAGUGGAGAUUUCAGAGAUUGUUAAUCGGAUUGCUCCUCAGGAUGAAAAAGCAGCCUAUAGUGGAGGAUCCCUUUUAGGGACAUGGAUUGGUGAGGAUGCCAUUCCCUGUACACCUGGGGUAGUAAAACUGCGAGCUAGGACAAAGUUAAGUUGCACAAGAGAUCUUAAAAUAAAAAAUCCUGAAGAUGAACUAAUGAAACUGGCUAAGGAAUUUGAUAAAAAUCUGGUAGAGUUCGAUGCUGUUCAGGAACAAGAGAAGCUUUGUCAGGACUUGAUCCAGGGUGCCUCUGAGACCUUACCUAAUGGUAAGGACGGCGUGCAGAAGAACCUGAAUUCAGCCCUGGAUGAGGUUUCUGAAGCAGAUGUUGUUCUGUCCCUGAAAGCAGUGGGAGAGAGCACUGGCAUUGCUGCUGCAGGGCCCUGCCUGUCUAGCAGUCAGAAGUCUGUAGACCUAGAAGCUGAAAUAGCCCUUCGUGCCCUUUUUGAUUGUUCCACCCAGAAAUGUAGUGGACAGCUGAGCCAAGGACUGUCGGGGAUUUCUUUAAAUAAUGAUUUCCAGGAAAAUAAAAGCACUUUGGAGGAAGACUACRUUCCUGAGCCAACUAAAAACAAGCAAAAUGUUACUUCUGAGAUAUGUCAAAAAGAUGCUCCAUGUUUGCCAAGAAGCGUGAACCAGAUUCUUCCAAAACCUGAUACAUUUCUGUUGACAAAACAAAAUCCUUUGAAGACCAAAGUGGUGGUCUGCAGUAAGGCUGCUGAUGUCAUUUAUGACGACUUUGACGACUGGGAUGCAGACUUUUUGGCAGAUGACUCUUUUGUGAUGCAAAUAACUCAAAAUCCUGAACUGAUAAACACUGAAGAGGCUUCACCAGUUCCUACAAAUCCACCUGUGCUUGGUCUCUGUGAUGCUAGCAGAACGAAGGAACAAAGUAAUUGCAAUUUAGUGACUUGUUUGGGGAGUUCACACAAAUCUAGUAUUUUGCAGUGUUCACCUUUGAGACAGUCUAGUAAAAACACACAAAAUGUUGCAAAAUCUCUUUCUUUACGAAAGUCAUGUAACAGUACAGAAACRUCAAAGACGGAGUCUGCUUCCUUUCAUGGCAAAGGUGACGUUAAGCCAGAUAAAAUAAAUGCUGCUUGGAAAAGUGCCCAAAACAAUGAGUUUAACUAUAUUCCUGUUUCCAGGGAAUCUCAAGUGAAGAAUGCAAGUGAAACUAUUCCACCUAAAAGUAACCACCUUCCUUCUUUUCUUUCAAGAUCUAGGCCACAGACUGAAAAAUCCAGCGAUACUGCACACACAGUUUGCUGUCAAUCAUCCAAUAUUGCUGCUAAUGGAAAGCCUACUGAUCUGACUAAAGUGGUCWGCCAAGCUAAUGCGGGUCACCUGAACCCAGCUGAGAUACCAAAGAAAGGUCCUCUGUCAUUUGACUGGAAUGAACCCAAGUUUUCUGAUGAGGUUUUAGAUAUGUUUUGUGAAUCGGAUAGUCUUUGGGACGCAAACUGUGAGGACGAUGAAUUGUUGUACCAGGUAUGUGACGAUAUAGAAAAGCAGACGUGGAGCCACGAUGCUAAACACGGAAAUGAAAGAGCUAGAACAACAGAAGGAGCCGGUAUCAGCUCCAGGUCAAAUGCUGAUAAUGGCUUCACAGCAUCUAAACAAGGACUGUGCGAUCGCCUCUCCGCUCAGAAAACAAAUGUGAAGCGGGAGCCGCYGUCAGUGAGCGCUGCCGGCAGGAGCAGCGCCCGAGGGGCACCCGGGCCGACGGCAGCGGCGCCCGCGGGGAGCGGCAAGAGCGUCCCGGGUCCAAUAACUGUGAUCCCGAGUGCUCCUGCCGAGUGUAAAUACACACUGCCUAGAAGCUGUCAUCAGGCGGCUUCUGAGGAUACUGCAAAGGCUAUUUCAGGAAAAUGGUACAGAUCCAAUUCUGUGCCAGCUGCGAAGACGGCCUCUGAAGGCAGUCCUGCUGAUGGAGUAAAUGCUUUCAGUAGCAAACCGGCAGACAGCCUGUUGUGCAGCGUGGGGAGGACGCUACAUAACAGCUCGAGUAACCAAACGUCACUUGUGCCUUCCAAGUUUAAGUUCCGAAAGACUAACAGUGCUCAAGUCGCCCUGCGGGUAGGGUCUGAAAAUCCAGCGUGCCGCUCUGGCACCACGGUCACUAUGCAAGGUCUGGAAGAAAGCAAGAAUCAGCUGAACACGACUUGGCACAGCAAGCCCGARAACACAAAGCUGCCUUUCAAGAGACACCUCUCAGAACCGUUUGCACUGCCUACAUCAGGGUCUGCAGUAGAACAGAAAAACAGAAAAUGUUCCCAGGAAGAAAUUGAAAGGAAGAAACAGGAAGCUCUUGCGCGAAGGAAAUCCAGAAUGCAGGCGUCCUUAAAGGACACGUGAGCUGCUCUGUUCUGCCUGCCGAAGAAGUUUUGUUCCACGCUCUCUAUGGGCAAUGAAGUUUGAGAGUGCAAUCAGUUACCGUAUCAUUGUGUUGAAUCUGUACAGUUAAAACAUCCUAAGAGUAUGAAAAUAUUUGUACGCACACAGAAGACUUGAAAUCAGACUUUUGAUUGUGUUUCUCUUUCUGGGAAUAAUCCAGACAAAGACUCUGGCCACUCAUAAAUAGCUUAAAUGUAAAAGUGAGACUGAGAAAUGCAAAGUUUUGUUCUCAGGUAGUUUUGGUUUUAAGAAAGGUACAAUCAAGAAAACAUCCAAAAUAACAGAAAUGCACAGGGCAUGCAAAACUUGCUUAGUCUGUGGGGUUUUUGGUAAAAAUCAUACAUAGGGAAGGA